CACUGAUGAUCAGUGUGCCCUGAUGAUCAGUGUGGCCCCAGAAGUGCCACCUGUCAGUGCUCAUCAGUGCCACGUGCCAGUGCCCAUCAAUGCCACAUAUCAGUGCAUACCAGUGCACAGCAAUGCCACAUAUCAGUGCCCAUCUGAGCUGCCUUUCAAUGUCACCCUCAGUGCCGCCUAUCACUGCCAGUCAGUGCUGCCUAUCAGUGCAAUAUAUCAGUGCUGCCUUUCAGUGCCCAUCAGUGAUGCCUGUCAAUACCCAUCAGUGCCACCUACCAGUGCCUCCUCAUCAGUGCCACCUAUCAGUGUCCAUCAGUGCAGCCUAUCAGUGCCCAUCACUGCAGCCUCAUUAGCGCACAUCAGUGAAGGAGAAAAAUCACUUUUUUACAAAAUUGUAUAA